AUGUGUGGGAUCCUUGGGGUGGUGUUAGCCCCUGAAAGCCGCCGCAACGUCGCCCCCGAGUUGUUUGAAGGGGCGAUGUUUCUCCAGCACCGGGGCCAGGACGCCGCCGGUAUCGUCACCUGUGGUGCCAAAGGCCGUUUCUACCAGUGUAAGGGUAACGGCAUGGCCCGGGACGUGUUCACCCAGCAGAGAAUGAAGAAUUUGAUCGGGUCGAUGGGCAUUUGCCACCUCCGCUACCCGACGGCGGGCUCGCUGCUGGGGCUGGAGGCACAACCUUUUUAUGUUAAUCUGCCCUACGGGAUUGCCUUGUCUCACAAUGGGAACCUCGUCAACCUGGCGGAGCUCAGACAGUUUAUGGAUACUGAAGUUCACCGUCAUAUUAACACCGGACUGGACUCCGAGCUUUUGCUUAACUUGUUUGCGGCUAAACUUGAAGAGUUUAACAAGCGGAGAGUGAAUAAUGAUGACAUUUUCACUGCUAUCCAGCAAACGAUGGAGAUGGCUCGCGGUGCCUAUGCCUGUACCGCGAUGUUAGCCGGUUACGGGGUGAUCGGGUUCCGUGACCCUAACGGUAUUCGUCCUUUACUUUUCGGUGAAAGAAACAACAGUGACGGCACUACUGACUACAUGUUGGCUUCAGAACUGGUGGUUCUCACUGCUCACGGUUUCAAAGAGUUUAGAGAUAUCCGUCCUGGUGAAGCCGUUAUCAUCCGUAAAGAUACUAAACAAAAGCCUGAAUUCCGUCAAUUGGUGGAACUGACGGUGUUUGCUCCCGAUAUCUUUGAGUACGUCUACUUCGCUCGUCCCGACUCGGUGUUGGAUGGGGUGCUGGUGUACCGGCUGCGGAUCGAAAUGGGCAACAAGCUUGCCGAUAAGAUCCGCACUUUAGGUGACCUCGAAAUUGAUGCUGUUAUUCCCGUUCCUGAUACUCUGAGAACUCUGGCGUUACAGUGUGCCGUGCUGCUUCAGUUACCUUACCGCGAAGGGUUUGUGAAAAACCGGUAUAUCGGCCGUACCUUCAUCAUGCCCGAUCAAAAGGAGCGUAAGCUGAGUGUGCGGCGUAAAUUGAACGCCAUGGACCUGGAGUUCGAAGGCCGCAACGUGUUGUUGGUCGACGACUCCAUCGUCCGAGGCACCACGCUGAAGGAAAUCGUCGCUAUGGCUCGGGAAGCAGGGGCGAAGAAAGUGUAUUUCGCUCUGUGUGCUCCUCCCAUUCGCUACAACCACAUUUAUGGGAUUGAUUUAGCUGAUACUAAGGCGCUCGUUGGUUUCAACCGUAAUGAAGACGAGAUUUCCGAAGUGAUUGGCGCCGACAGAGUGAUCUACCAGGACUUGGAAGACCUUAUUGAGUGCUGCAAAGGUGCUGAGAUCAACCAGUUUGAAGUUGGGGUGUUUACCGGCAACUAUAUUACUGGUCAGGAACGCGAGUACCUUAAGGAAUUGGAGACGAUUCGCGCCCAAAACCAACGGAUAAAGGACAGCGGGUUCCUGGUCGACCUGUGCAUCGACGUCGGCGACAUGGUCGACAUCAAGGCCGAAACCGACAUCAGCAUCUACAACGGGGGCGACUACCCGUGA